AUGUCAUUGUUUUAAUUAUUUUCAAAACGUGAGAUUAUUUGAGUUACACAAAUACAGAGCAAAAACAAACAAGAUGUUCGGAAAGCAAGAAGAGGAGGAUAUGGCGUUCUUCUCAAAAGUGUUACUGUUCCUCUCUGUACACUGGAGAGGGGUUGUGUGUGUGGUCGCGCCUAUCGUGCUCAUUGCGGUCCUAACGCCAUUCCCGCCUAAACCGUACCAGUGGUGUGGCUACACCCUAGUGCUGAUGGCCAUAUUCUGGGUGACAGAGUGCAUCCCAAUCGCUGUGACUUCAUUUCUGCCUGUCCUCAUAUUCCCACUGACGGGAGUCUCGACUACAGCGGAGACGUGCCAGGCUUACAUCAAUGAUUCAGUAUUGAUGUUUAUUGGCAGCAUAAUAUUAGCCUUUUCUGUCGAGCAAUCUGGUUUGCAUAAACGUCUGGCGUAUUUUGCUAUACGCAUUAUCGGAUAUUCGCAUGUAAGGUUGCUAUUAGCCAUGUGUUUAGUGACAACAUUCGUUUCCAUGUGGGUCACUAACACUGCCGCCACAACUAUGAUGGUACCCAUAAACCUUGCUGUGCUCAAAGUAUUUGAUGACCAAAACAUAAUUAAACUUUAUGACACUGGCCCUGACGGAGAAAAUAUGGCGUCUGAUAUAACAACAGCCUAUUUCUGCGCAGCUACUUAUUCAGCUACUAUUGGUGGCAUCGGAACUUUGGUAGGGACGGCGACUAAUCUAGCAUUUAAAGGUCUUUUUCAGACGGCAUAUCCAGAGGCACCCGAAUUAUUAUCAUUCCCCAAGUUUUCGGCUUUUGCUGUGCCUUAUAUGAUUAUUAUGGAAAUUUUCGUAUACUUAUACUUCAUCAUAUUUUAUUUUGGAGUAUUUAGACCGGGAAGUGUGGCGGCUAAAUCAGCUAAAAUGACGAAAAAGGGUAUAGAGCUAGCUGAAAAGGCAAUUCUUGAAGAUAGUAAGAAAAUGGGCAGAAUCACAUUUUGGGAAGUGAUGGUAUUAUUGCUAUUUAUCCUGGCAAUGAUUGGCUUUUUCUGUCGAUCACCUCAAAUCUUUACAGGUUGGGCCGAUCUUAUAACAAAAUCAUUCGGAAUAUCCGAUACCCGAUACGUUCGAGACUCAUCACUCGCUCUGUGUGUUUGUACCCUUAUGUUCCUUUUGCCGUCUACAUUGGCAGUUUUUAAGAACUUCACAGCCAAGUUUCACGAAGAUCUACCAAAAACGAGAGUCACUUCAGUACUCGAUUGGCGUACGAUGAACGUUGCUAUGCCAUGGAGUUUUAUGUUUCUCAUUGGUGGUGGUUUUGCACUGUCUAAUGCCGCUAAAAGUACAGGACUCAACAGCAAAAUCGGCGAAACGAUGAAAAUACUAAAAGAAUUGCCAGACCUGGUGAUUAUCCUCAUCAUUACCGUGGUGGUUAUUUUCAUCACAAACUUCGCUUCGAACGUCGCCGUGGCCAAUGUGAUGUGUCCACUUGCAAUGCAACUGGCAAAGGAAAUCAAAAAGAACCCCCUCUGGUAUUGCCUCGUGACAGGAUUCUGCGCAUCUUAUUGCUUUAUGAUCCCUGUGGGUACUCCUGGAAAUCUAGUGGUCCAGAGCGCGGUUAAUAUUCCAACUCGGAAAAUGAUAAUAGCAGGGGCAGGGCCCACUAUCACCACAAUAAUAGUGACGUUCUUCGCGAUGUCGUUUUGGGCGCCAGUGAUUUGGCCUGAACUCCACGUGCUUCCUGACUGGGCAUCUAAAAUGUAUUAAUUUAAUAUAUAUUUUUGUUAUUAUGUACUUUAGGUUUUCCUAUAGGCGCUUUUAACUGAGUUAAUGCCUGAGGUAUGGGAGCGGCACGGGAGGGUGUUUUUGAGACGUCAAACGUCAGCGAGAC